AUGAAAAAUUUAUUAAUAUAUUUAUUAAUUAUUUUAAUAAUUAAUUAUGUAAAUGGUCUUAGUAUUGAACAUGAUUUAAUUUUAAAGCAACAACAACAAGAACAAAGUCGUCAUCAACAUUGUAAAAUUGGUAAAUAUGAUUUUAGUGGAUUUAAAAAGGAAAAAGGUUCUUAUGAAUUCAAAUCAAAGAAAUUGAAUGAAUUGGGUGAAGAAAUUGAUGUUGAAUAUUAUUUCAAUAUUUGCUCUGGCUCUUCAAAAUGUGAUAAUUCUUUAAUUUCAGUUUGCUCAAGAGAUAAUCAAUUCAAUGAUAUCGUUUAUGGUGAAACUUCAAAUUUAACAUUAGCAAUCGGAUCAUUAAAGGAAAAUACAGUUGAAGGUGGUAUUCUAACUUACUAUGCACCAUCCAAUAAAUGUGGUGCUAGUGGUGGCAUUAUGAAAACUACAAUUUCAAUGUAUUGUGCUAAAGGUCAACCAAAUACCGUUAUCUCUGUUGUAAAUAGAUCUCCAAAUAAUUGUAACUUGGAAAUUGCAAUUAUGGGUGACUCUGCUUGUGAAUCUAAAGUUGAUGUUGUUAAAAUCUAUUUAUUCCUUGUAUCUGCUUUAUUAGUUUUAUUAAUUAUUACAUUAAUAACUUGUACAAUUCUUUAUUUCAUUGACAAGAAAAAGAAAUUAUCAAUGGGUUAUUCCAAAUUAUCUUUAAACACAACCCCAGGAAAUGAUUCAUAA